CAGAGACCACCUUGAGUAUCCCGGGAGGAAGGACACCUCGGCUGUUAAAGGGAAAAGACACGAGACAGGAAGAGCUGGAGACCAGGGGGAAGACGCGGAGAUCCUCCAUCAUCUGAAGGUCUCCUGCCUCCUUUUCCUCGCUUGCUGCCUCAACAGGGCGUGUCUUGAGGAUUUGUGUUUAACAUGCAGGUUCUUAAAACAGCCUGUUAGAGUCAAGACCAGGUUUGAGUGUCUGUCCUUCUGUUUUGUGUAGUGUGUAUAUACCUCAAGUUCAGAAAUGGGUUCUGUUGGAGCGGAGCGCCGCAGGCCCACUCCAGUCCAGACGCCCGAGGAGAGGGAUGUGUGGAGGGAUGGCGGAAGGAUCGGAUGGAGGGAUGUAGGCAGGGAAGGCUGGAGGGAGGGAAGGGAGAGUGGCGUGGUGCAGAGCUACAGCUUCGACUCGUACCAGCUGGAGGAGGAGGAGAUCAGUAAGGACGCCCCGGAGCGAGGAGUGUUAGCUCUGUCCGAGCCGGACUUUGAGGAGCCGAUCCCUGACGACCGUUACCAUGGCAUCUACUUUGCAAUGCUAUUGGCUGGAGUGGGUUUCCUGCUGCCCUACAAUAGUUUCAUCACUGAUGUGGACUACCUGCACCACAAGUUUGAAGGGACAUCCAUUGUGUUUGACAUGAGUCUGACGUACAUCUUGGUGGCUCUUUUGGCCGUCAUCCUCAACAACGUCCUCGUGGAGAGACUCAGCAUGCACACCAGAAUAACUGUGGGUUACAUCUUAGCGCUGGGGCCGCUGGUCUUUGUCAGCGUGUUUGAUGUCUGGCUGGCGAAGUUCACCACUAGUCAGGCUUACAUCGUCAAUCUUGUGUCGGUGGGGGUGGUGGCUUUUGGAUGUACAGUGCAGCAGUCUAGUUUCUAUGGUUACAUGGGGAUGCUUCCCAAGAGGUACACACAGGGGGUGAUGACUGGGGAGAGUACGGCCGGCGUAAUCAUCUCCCUGUCUCGCAUCUUUACUAAGCUCCUGAUCCACGACGACAGGAGGAACACGCUCAUCUUUUUCCUGGUUUCAAUCAGCAUGGAGAUGCUCUGCUUCCUGCUUCACCUGCUCGUACGCCGCUCGAGGUUCGUUCGCUACUACACCAGCCAUGGCCAGGGAAAAGGGCAGGGUAAAGGUCAUGAUCCACGGGACAACGGGACUGGAUACAGGGUUCAUCACGACGUCACCGCAGAGGAAGGAAAUGGCGGGACAGGACCGUCCUCGACAGAAGACAGUGUUGAGGAUUUUGUAGGUGGAACAUAUGUACGAUUCGACGCCCCAAAAGCCAAGAUAAGGAAGAGUUGGCCUGGGUUUCGUGACAUGAUUUUGCACCGUUACGUUGUGGCCCGUGUGAUCUGGGCGUACAUGCUGUCCAUAGCAGUGACCUACAGCAUCACCCUGUGCCUGUUCCCUGGGCUGGAGUCAGAAAUACGUAACCCCACUCUAGGAGAGUGGCUCCCCAUCCUCAUCAUGGCCACCUUUAAUAUGUCGGACUUUGUUGGCAAGAUUUUGGCUGCAGUGCCAUACGAGUGGUCCGGGGGCCGCCUGCUCUUCUUCUCCUGCCUCAGGGUGGUCUUCAUCCCUCUGUUCGUCAUGUGCGUGUACCCGGCCAACGCGCCCACCCUGCCCCACCCCGCCUGGCCCUGUCUCUUCUCACUCCUCAUGGGUGUCACCAACGGAUACUUUGGGUCAGUGCCGAUGAUUCAGGCCGCUGGCAAAGUGCCGCCUGAGCAGAGGGAGCUGGCAGGGAACACCAUGACGGUCUCCUACAUGACAGGCCUGAUGCUGGGGUCUGCUGUGGCGUAUGCAGCAUACAGCUUCACUGCUCCAGGAUCAGGAGCACACCUCUCCACACUCAGCAUACACUCAUCUGCCAACGCUACAGGGUAUUGAAUGUACACAUUAUUAGACACACACAUAAAGGGAGGUUAACACACAUAUAUUCACACUCAAACAGCAUUUACACCCAAAAAUUACGAGCAAGGGGAGGCAGACUGGAGUCAAACGUGAGACUGUCCAUCAGAGGACGUGAGGACAAUGGCAGACACAUCUUAAAAAGGCUCAGUAUGUAGAAGAUGUGGAAAUGUAAACUGGUUUAUUUGUGGUGGAAAUUGUGUGCAACAGUCAAAAAAGUAGCAAAAUGAUCCACUCUCUCCUUUCUCCAUGAACUUUUUUUGGUGGAUUUGAAGAGGUGGAGCAGCUGUGCAUCUGUCAGCGGGGUCCUCAGUGGCCUUUUGUGUGUUUCACAGUCUUACUAUUGUCUGCCUGCGUGUGCAAACACAUCGGCUGACAUUUGUACAGUGUAAAGUUGAGUGAUAUUUCACUUUGCCUGCAUGCUGAAGCGGCAGGGAGUGAAAAAAAAAAAAGAGACCUUGUGUCAUAGGUCACAUAUUUUACCGAUGUCAUGAGAACCAUUGUACAGAUAUCAAGACAAAACAUGAUGUAUGUGAGGACAGUUUGGCCUGGAUUUAUCCUCAAUAUGAAAAUAGGAGUGAAAUCUUUGGAUGAUGAGCAAGCUGUAGCCCCUGAAUAUUGUACUUUUUGUCUUCUGUUUUUUUCUUUUCAUCUUGAUGCACUGAAGUCCAGUAAACUGCUGAGAGGAACAUGAUUCAUGAUGUUCAAUGGAAACUAUUUCUGUAAAAGUUCAGUGUGUGAGGUUUAGGACGAUCUAGUUGCAGAGAUUGAGUAUAACAAUCCUUAUUAUGUUUUUAUUAGUAUAUAAUCACAUAAAAAUGAUCGUCAUUUUUGGUGGCAUUAGAAUGAGCUGUUCAUAUCUACAGUGGCUGUGAGUGGACCUGCUCUACUUCUUUUUUUCAGUUUAAUAAUGGGUGGCAUCCAGACUUAAGGUACAUUACUGUGAGUACAAUACUAACUACAAAAGCUAGUACAGAAAGUUUUGACAAAAUCCCACAUUUCUUUUCAGCCACGUGAAGGUGAGGGGGUUAUUAGUUUGGUUGUAUUCUGCAACUUCACCACUAGAUAUAACUAAAUAUCACACAAUGAACCUUUAAGUUGUUUGAGAAUAAUUAAUUGCCAUUACACUAACAAUUUUUAUUAUUUUGACUUCAUUUCACUCACUUGUCUGAACAGAGAAGCACUUUUCCAGUGUGUUUCAGGUGUUUGUUUUUCAGUCACAAAGAAUAUUUAAUAAUGUUAAACAACCUUCAUGGAGCUGCUGCAUCAGAAGAAUAUAAUGAAAAAGAAGAAUAUAAUGAGUAAUGUAGCUGCUUUAAAUGCUUCAUGAAAUAAUGCCAGUAUAUACAUGUGAUUACUUCGUGAUUACUUUUCUAACAGAUGUUUUUAAGAAGACAGUUGAUUUGAGGUGUGUGCCAAUCGAAAUUAAUUUAAUCAGUGCUCAUCAUUUUAGUUCAUUUUGCCAAAUGAAGGAAUGGAUCCUGUCUGUAUGUACAGACAGUAGAUCCAUGUAGACCAUCCUAUUUUUGGUGGCGUUGCAGUGGAAUUUCCCAAUAGAUUUGCUUACAUACAUUGACUGAAACAUGCCAAAUGAAACAAAAUACCAGAAUAAAUGUUAUAUAAACUUUUUUUAGAAGAAAAAAAUUAUUGGAUAUAUAGUGUAUAACAUUUUGAUUAGUAAAUAUAAUUUAUUACCAUUUUUUUCUAAGUAACUUAUUACAAUGCCAUUUAUUUUGCCAUUUAAUAACAUAAUGUUAUUAUUAUUACAUGGAACUAGUUAUUCCCCAGCACUGCCUGAGAAUAAGCUGUUUUUCUGUCUGCUCCCUGAUGGCUGAAAAAAGAACAAAAAUAUUGGUGAUAUUUUGUAAAUUCACCAGCAGCGAUAGGGUAGUUUUUUCUUAUCUGUGUGUCGGUGUAGUGAUAGGAUGAAGACCUACCCCAUGACCUCUGAACAGAGUUAGUGCCAAAAAGUCUGUAUUGGAGCAUCUGAGAAAAGAGUGAAUGUAGUAAAACCUAUGGCAGGAGGAAAGCUGUAAAUGUGAAUAUUUAUUUAUUUUAUUUUUUUGUACAAAUACAGCAUCAGUUGGUUUCUCUGCCUUCCUAGGCACUCUGUGUUUCCUAUUGGAUGAAUUUUUCAGACUUUGUGGAACCGCAGGGCCACAGCCCCGUCCACAGUUUAUACAUAAUGAAAACAGAAAACAGGCCUCUGUGCUAGAAUCUGUGAAGAGCACUACAUUAUGUAGGUGACGCCUUGAACAGAGCCUAACGUCGGUGGUGUUUGAAGAAUGCCAGGGUGUCGUUCGGGAGCUAACCUCAUUACUGUAUGUAUGUCCCACUGUGCUGAUGCUGCCAUAUCGCCUGGAGCCUCUCCUCUCUGUGUCUCUCUUGAGUUGCUCAGUUUGAAGGUGUUUUAAGUUAUUUUUGGUCAAAUGUGUCAUUAAAGGACAUGAAAAGUCUCUUUCCCUCCUCUUUCUCUGUAGGUACUACAGGGUUAUUCUGAGAGCUAAGAGAUCCCACCUUCCAAAGAACUGCAUCCGUAACCAGUGCUUGAGGUUAAAUUGCCUUGAGACGUAUAAAUUCACCAUCAUUGUAAAGGCAGCCCAGUGGUGUAUUAGUGCAAUAGCAUUUUUAACUGCACUGUGAAGAAGUCCCACCAAAUCAGGAUUUAAUGACACUUUAUAACCCCUCCCUCCAUAUAUUGUAUGUCUUAUUAAUUCCUUGCUGUAUGAAACUCUGGGAAGAGUUGGGAGAUUUGUUUUAAUGCUGAUGAAUCUUUUAUCAUUUCCUGACAUGUUUUUGGCUUCAGCUGACACUUUUAUUCAGAGUGACUUAAGAUGAGUUCAAGAGAAAAAUAGACCUCAGUUGAAUGAGAUCAUCACAGAUUACAGACAGCUAAGCUUUGGGAGUGCAAAGGGCAGAUGAAAGUCCCAGUAACAGCAGGACAAUCCUGCAAAAGACAAGUGUCAAGAAAACAGAGUAAAUGGAGAGUGAUAAACUUUUACAGGGUUUCUCCUCCUGAUACAAAGUAACUGGAGUUAUUUGACAUAUUUUUUAUUUUACCUCAGCCUUAACCUGCCAUUUAACUUCCUGUUUCUGUUUUUUCUUCUCUGCAAUGAUAAGUUUCUCACCACAAACAGCACUGAAAUUCAUCAGAAAUCAUGUGAUACUGACUAUUUUAGACUGAACUCUCAUGUGACUGCACACUGUGAAAUAACAGGAAGGUGUAAGAAAUAAAAAAGAAAAUGAUUACAUACAGAUUCUUUACACAUGUAUAUUUAUCUUCUGUAAAAUAAAAUAUUUUGCUGAGACGAGA